ACUGCAAUAACUUAGUGACUAGAUUUGCUGUGCUUUAAUCAAAUGGAAUCACUAAAUACAAUAGAGCUAUUUUGCCAAUGCAUCAAGUAUAUUUCUAAAACCAACAUAUCAGAUUUCAUCCCAGAAGCACCUGUACUUCAGCCUGUUUGGGACUACCUCCGAAAGAACCAUCAGGAUGCGCUGAGAUCUCCACUGUUUCCUGUGAUUAUAUCAGUUUCUACAUACUUUAUUCUUUGCCUGUUCUACAUGACUCUGGACUUUCUCUCAACAGUGUCACCAGCCCUUAACAGGUUCAGGAUACACUCUGAACACCCUGUGAAGCUGCAAAGCAUCCUGAAGGCCGUUCAGCUCACUCUUUUCAACCAUGUAGUCUUUGUCUUUCCAGCAGCGAUUGCCCAGUGGUUCUGGAGGCCACUGCUCCCUUUGGAAGCAGCAGCCCCAACUAUCCUGGAGUUCACAAUGGGAGUCCUGGGUUGCACCAUCCUGUUUGAUUUCCAGUACUACUUUUGGCACAUGGUGCACCACAAAUUCCGAUGGCUCUAUGUCACUUUCCAUGCCAUCCACCAUGAGUACUAUGAACCGUUUUGCUGGGUCACUCAAUACAUGUCCGUCUGGGAGCUGCUGAGCGUUGGCUUGUGGACCACUCUAGACCCCAUCAUUCUCCAAUGCCAUGCCCUCACUGGCUACGCGUUCAUGGUGUUUAAUAUCUGGAUCUCGGUGGAUGAUCACAGUGGUUAUGACUUCCCCUGGUCUCUGCACAACCUCAUUCCCUUUGGACUCUGGGGAGGCUCUGUCAAGCACGACACCCAUCAUCAGAGACCCACCACCAACUUUGAACCUUUCUUCUCGCAUUGGGACUGGCUGUGUGGCACCAGCUCUGACCACAAUCACUCAUCAGCUAUGACUGUACAGAAGAGGGCACUUUACAAAUAUUAAGUCAAGUUUCUAAAAGUAAUUAUUAGUUAUAGGCAACUAUAUAUCAGUGCUGUUAUGUGUCAUAAUAUUUUUAGUAUGUCAUUUAAAAUUAAAUUUAGCGCUACUAUUCCUGAAAAAAAAAAAUCCACUGGACCCUGUUCUUUUUUUAAUUAUGCCAAGGAUUUACAACAAACCAUUCUAUAGUAAUUGAGGAGGGGCUAUGCUAAUAUUUUAUUAUAACUGUAUCAUUAAUGAAAUGCAGAUUGCAUUAAAAAGGGUGUUUAAAAUGAUAUUACAGAAACAUUCCAAUUUGACUUACCUAAUCAUGGCCACCCGGGUUUACAUCAGAUGUAACUGGAGCGUUCUACUUGUCAUCUCUACCACUGCUACUGCUCUUAAUUAUAGCUACUACCUGUAUCUUGUAUUUCAUUUUACUCUUGUAGGUAUCCGUAGUGACGUUGUUUUGUAAUUGCUCUUAUUUGAAAUCAUUCUCAUCCAUUUAUCGUACUUACUAUGUGCUCUUACUGAACUUCACUUGUAUAAGCAAAUAUUUUUACUAUACGUUAACUGCUCUUAGACAAACUUGCUCUUAUUUGAAUUUGAUAUUUUAUGCUACUGAUUUUAUUGUACUUUAUAACGGCUCUUAUCUGUAAUAGUAUACUCUGAUAUUGUACUUUAUAAUGGCUCUUAUCUGUAUUAUUAUACUCUGAUAUUCUGUAAUGUGAUCAUUAACAAUGUGAUAUUUUGUAUUGUGAUAUUUUGUAACAAUUGUAAGUCGCUGUGCUGUUUCAUGGGGUGUUUGAUAGUGUUUAUUCAAUAUUACUUUGGCACUGCAUGUAUGAUGUUGUUACUGUAUGGUUCCCUGUAA